CUUUCAAACGAAAACUCCGAACAUGCGGGUAAGCCGCACACCCGGUCCAGCGCAGCAGGGCAGCGGGAGCCCCGACAGCGCGCGGGCCGCCGGCCCAGCUCCGGGUUCACACGGGGAGAUGAGGACGUUUUGCAGCCGGGCGGGCAGAAGCGCGAUGCCCCGAACGCGCCCGGUGCCUGGACGGUGUGCCCGGGCAGGCCACGUCGCCUAGCACGACAAAGCAAAGCAGGGGCUCGCUAUGCGUGCCUCUCUUUCCGCUCUGGCUUAACUCAGGCAGAGAGGGGGAAAGCCAAACCCCGCGGAGGGAGGGCAACCGGGCCUCGGUUUCCCCGGUCCGCAGCAGCCGCUGUAGGGAGGCUCCGCCCACCCCGCUGCUGACUGGCCCCCGGGGAGAGGUCUGUGAGGCUCCGCCCACCCCGCUGCUGAUUGGCCCCCGGGGAGAGGUCUGGGAGGCUCCGCCCACCCCGCUGCUGAUUGGCCUCCCCGGGCGGCGGGUCCCGGGCUUUGCACUGUCUGCCCCGGGAUGGGAUCACGCGCCGCGGCUGGUUCUGCGCGUGGAUCUGCAGCGAAGAGCAGAACCGGGGGUGUCGCCUGUCCUAUCUCGCAGGAACUGCGCCCGCGCCACGCCCAGCCCGCGGGAUCCAGGCUUUCGUGCAUAAAGAUGACAGCAGUUUUCUUUCCUGUGUUUUUUUUUUUUCCUUUUUUUGCUUUUUGGGUCACAUCGGCGAUGCUCAGGGGGUGAUUCCUGGCUCUGCACUCAGGAAUCAUUCCUGGCGGUGCUUCGGGGGACCCCAUGGGAUGCUGGGAAUCGAACCCGGGUUGGCCGCAAGCAAGUCAAACGCCCUCCCCGCUGUACUAUGGUUCUGGCCUCAUAGGCAGCAGCUUGACAAGGUUAAAGGCCAUCAGGCUGGGGAGGAUGAAGCCGGCCACUCAAUCUGCGGCAGCCAGAUGGGGACAUAGUGGGCUUCUGGGCCCUACCCAGGCCAGAGCAGGGAGAGAGAGCACAGACGGGAGGACUUUCCGGAGCUUUCUUGGGGGCUGUUCCCCUCUCACCAGAUCCUUAUACGUGUGACCAAGCCCUGCACAGGUGUCCAACCCUCAGGGCACCCCCUGCGGUGAGUGCCAAUGUCUACCUCCUUGCACUGUGUGCACACAUCUUGCUUAACCUUAACAGCCCCAGAUGCGGAUGGGGGCGCAGUGGGCUUCUGGGGUCCCUCACAGGCCAGAGCUGGGGGAGAGACAGUGCACAGACAGGAGGACUUUCCGGAGCUUUCUUGGGGGCUGUUUGCCUCUCACCAGAUCCUCACAUGUGUGAUCAAGCUCUGCACAGGUGUCCAACCCUCACGGCACCCCCCGCGGUGAGUGGUGCCAAUGUCUCUACCGCCUUCCUCUGUGUGCACACACCUUGCUUAACCUCACACUCAACCGCGAGGCUUAACCUCACCCCGACCUCCCGCGGUGCCACGGACAAAAACAGAGAGGGCAUUGGUCUUUCCUGGGCCCUGAAAAUCAGGCUACCAGCAGCGAGAAGACGAACAGAAGAGAAAGAGAAAUUUUGCUAGAAGUUUCUGGGAGGCUCCAGGCAGCCCCGGGAGUAGGUGCAGUCUCAGGCUUCUACGCUUCCCCCCUGCAAGCCCACCUACUCUCUAACCCUCGCUCCCCCAACGCCCAUAGUGCAUGCAAUCCCCCUUGCCUCUUUAGACAUCUUCUUCCAGGGAGCAGGACGGGAGAGAGCCAUGCCGCAGUCUUCAGCGCCGGGAUGUAGCUGCGGGAGAGCACUUGGGUUGAAUGCGUGAGGCCCUAGUUCUCUCUCCCGCUCAGCAACAGAAAGGACAUGCAGGUGAUCCUCGGACCCAUGUUCUCAGGGAAAAGCACGGAGCUGAUGAGACGCGUCCGCCGCUUCCAGAUCGCCCAGUACAAGUGCUUGGUGAUCAAGUACGCCAAGGACACGCGUUACAGCACCCACUUCUCCACCCACGACCGGAACACCAUGGAGGCGCUGCCCGCCUGCCUGCUCCGAGACGUGACCCCGGACGCCCUGGGCGUGGCCGUCAUAGGCAUCGACGAGGGCCAGUUUUUCCCGGACAUUGUGGACUUCAGCGAGGCCAUGGCCAAUGCCGGGAAGACGGUGAUCGUGGCCGCCCUGGACGGCACCUUCCAGAGGAAGGCUUUCGGGAACAUCCUGAACCUGGUGCCCCUGGCGGAGAGCGUGGUGAAGCUGACGGCCGUGUGCAUGCAGUGCUUCCGCGAGGCGGCCUACACCAAGCGGCUGGGCGUGGAGAAGGAGGUGGAGGUCAUCGGGGGAGCUGACAAGUACCACUCCGUGUGCCGGCCCUGCUACUUCAAGAAGGCGCCGCCGUCCACCGCACCCGACGACCCCGACAAUAAGGAGAACUGCCCGGCGCCGGGCUGGCCCGAGCCCACGGGCGCCAGGAAGCUCUUUGCCCCCCACCACAUCCUGCAGUGCAGCCCGGCCCACUGAGCCACCCGGCCCCGUGGCCGCCCCGGUUCCCUCCUGCCGCCAGCGUCACCCCUGAGCGCCCCAGCUGGGGGCAGGGGGCCGCCAGGUGACGUGAGCAGCGCAUCUUCUUCCCCUUUGUGGCCCUCGCUGCAGUUUCUCUUCUGCUGGGGAAGUCCACGGCGCGGCCCCCGCAGCCCCGGGCCCUGCGCCCGGCCCCACCCCAGCAGCCCAGCCUGCUGGCCACAGGUUUUGUCAAGGGCGGGGUGGGACAUGGUUUUUAACGGAUAUGUGAAAGGAAUGAUCUUAAUAUUAAAGUUAGUAUUAUUUUGGUUUUUUUUGCCUUUGGGUCACUCGCGGCGAUGCUCAGGGUUCCUCCUGGCUCUGCAACUCAGGAGUCACCCUGCUGCGGUCACACCUGGUCAGCCGCGUGCAAGGCAAACGUCCUCCCCACUCCAGCCCUGAAAUUAGCAUUUCUGCCCCUUACACCUCACUGCUCACUGACAUGACGUGGAUGGGGCUGGGGUCGUCUCCCGUGUCCGUGGCCCUCAGGACCAGGACAUGCGCCUGGGGCAUGGCCCAGUUUGAUGGGAUGGGCUUGGCUCCGGGGUCCAGGCUGUGCCAUGUCAGGGGGGCUGGGCCAGGGUUCGAGCCCCUCAGCCCUUCCAGCUGCUACUGCCACGUGCAGAGGUGACCCUCAGCUCCAGCCUUUCCUUCUUGGGUGGGGCGCAGCGCCGGGCUGCCGAGUCCCGUCUGCAGGGCGUGGACGGGCCUUCUCGGGGUGCCAACAUCAGCUGAGCAGGCCGCAGGGGAUGACCCUAGUGGGCAGCUCUCCUGCCCGCCUCGCCCCGGCCCAGGCCCAGCAGGGCCCUGGCAGGCGCCCAUGGUGGCUUGUUUACCAGCUGAGCUCUUGGCUAUUUUAAGCGGCUGCUGGGGGAUG